AUGCACAAAGCGCCGGCCGCUAAAGUCACGGUGCCAAUGACGGAACCAAAUGUCACCAUCAGAACGCCAAGAGAUCCGAACACGCUGUCCAACUAUCACAACUUUUUGACGAAACAUACGGUCGCUGAGUUUGAGAUCGACUUUGAGAAGAAGCUACUCAAUGGUGGUGUAGAGUUGACGUUUGAGAGCUUGACGGAGGGUGAGACUAAGGAUAUUGUAUUGGACACGAGUUUUCUGGAUAUCAAGGAUGUUAAGCUUGGUGGCAAGGAAGUCAAGUGGGAUGUUGGCGAGCGCAUAGAGCCGUAUGGCGCUCCGCUGACCGUCACGCUUGACAAAGGCAUACCGAAGGGUCAGAGUAUCAAGAUUGCAGUCAAGCUUUCCACGACGGAAAGAUGCACCGCGUUGCAGUGGAUGACGCCAGCGCAGACGUCGAACAAGAAACACCCGUACAUGUUCUCGCAGUGCCAGGCGAUCCAUGCGCGCUCCGUAUUUCCGUGCCAGGAUACGCCCGAUGUCAAGUCGACUUUCGAAUUCAAGCUUCGAUCCCCGCUUCCCGUCCUGGCAUCAGGCUUGCCCACGGGGUCUCACCAGUAUGAGGCCGGGUCCGACGACAAGGCUGGGACCCUGCUGUACACAUUCGAACAGAAGGUUCCUAUUCCGAGUUACUUGUUUGCUGUAGCGAGCGGUGACAUUGCAUCCGCUUCCAUUGGGCCCAGAAGUCUUGUCAACACAGGUCCAGAGGAGCUCUUGGACUGUCAGCGUGAGCUUGAAGGCGAACUAGAGCCAUUCAUGAAGGCAAUUCACUCUAUCGUCAAGGUACCUUACCAGUGGACCCAAUACAACUGCCUGAUUUUGCCGCCUUCUUUCCCUUACGGUGGCAUGGAGAACCCAGUCUGGACAUACGCCACGCCGUCUAUCAUUUCUGGCGACAAGCAGAACGUCGAUGUCAUCGCGCACGAACUCUCACACUCUUGGUCCGGCAACCUGGUAAGCGCAGGUAGCUGGGAGCACUUCUGGCUCAACGAGGGUUGGACUACGUAUCUCGAGCGGAGAAUUGCCGGCUACGUGCAUGGAGAAGAGUACCGCCACUUCUCUGCCAUCAUUGGUUGGAAAGCCCUCGAGGACUCCAUCAAGAGCUAUGGAGAGGAUCACGAAUACACAAAGCUCAUCGUCGACCUGAAAGGCAAGGAUCCGGACGACGCUUUCAGCUCGAUCCCCUACGAGAAGGGCUUCCACGCGCUCUACGCAUUCGAGCUACUGCUGGGCAAGGAGAAGUGGGAUACCUUCAUCCCGCACUACUUUGACACAUUUAUGUUCAAAUCUCUGGACAGUUACGAUUUCAAAGCAUGCCUCCUCGACUUCUUUGCCAAGGACGCAGAGGCCGCGAAGAAGCUUGAUGAGUUCGACUGGGACAAGCUCUUCUACACGCCCGGCUUCCCGAAGAAGCCCGAGUUUGACGACACGCUAGUUAAGACAUGCUACGCACUCGCGUCGGAAUGGGAAGCCCGUAUCAACAAGAAGGACACCUCAUUCACCCCCAAGCUGUCCGACAUCGAUGGUUGGGUCGCCAAUCAAUCCGUCGUGUUCCUCGAGCGCCUGCAAGCCAUCUCCGAGUCCUUCACGCCCAGAGACGUCCACCUGCUCGGCGAGACAUACGGCUACACGGCCACAAAGAACAUCGAAGUCCUGAGUCGUUUCUUGACUGUUGGGCUGCGUGCUAAGGUAGAAGAGACGUACCAGCCGACUGCGGAGCUGCUGGGUAAGAUUGGACGGAUGAAGUUUGUGAGGCCACUAUUCAGGUUGUUGGAAAAGGCGAAUCGCGAUUUGGCGGUCAGGACAUUUGAGAAGAACAGGGACUUUUAUCAUCCCAUCUGCAGACAGAUGGUGGAGAAGGAUCUAUUUGGGGAGGAGAAGAAAUAG